ACGGCCAUUCUCCUGAUUGCUGGCUUGUGCACCUCGGUGCAUAGCCAGGGCUUUGCGGACGAUUGCACCGAUAUCUAUCUCCUGGAAAAUUGGCUGGUGGGCACUUGUCCGACCAGCGACGGGAGUGGAACUAUCACCAGUAGUGUCUACCUCCCCAACAAGAUCACCAACAGCGAAGCCACGCUAGCGGAGCACAUCGCCAACUACGAUGGACAUCUGCUCUCCAACCUGACCGGCAGCGUGACCUCCAUCCCGGCUGACUCGUCCUGGCCGAUCCCCUCCGACUUUGAGGUGCAGCUGCAGGUCUCCAGCCUGAACAACAACUGCUCGACGAUCGGGGGGUAUCUGACUCUCAACGAUCCGCAGGACUGCUACUAUCUCAACCUGGGGGUGGAGUACUACUGGUACGCGGCGACGACGGUCAACAACCUGGGGUGGAAGAUUGUGGCGUACCACGACAGCACGUGCAGCGGGGAGGCAGUGGGCACGUUCACGCCGGAGAAUGUCGACACUUGCCUCACCUUUGAGGAUGGAGUCUCCGGCUUUGCC